UUGAUAAAGAAAUUACACCAAACUGAGUCAUUUUUUGUGGUUCCACCUCACACACAACAAAAUCAUCAAACUCUACCUGUCCAUUUAAAUUCUGAUUUGUUGUUGCCCUUAAAAUCUCCAAUUACUUGUUCACUAAAAGGUAGGUGGUGGCCGUUUACCUUCCUUUUGACAAAUUCUCUUUCCUAGCCUUCAUGGGUAUCAUACUAUGCAGUGCUUAACAAAAAGGUGUUGUAAUGAUGUAGAUAAAACCACACUACUAAAUUAUAAGUUAGAAACAUCAUAAUUUGCAACAUUUUUGUGGCUAUUUUUUUCUCCAUUAUUAUGAAGAGUAUAAUGGCAGCCAAAUCACCUCAUGACUCUUCGUUCUCCUUCUCUAGAAGGUAUUUCCAUUGGAAAAAGAAGGCUUUGUAUGAGGACGAUGAAGAAAAAAUCCUCAACAUAAGUUCAUCGUCACAUUUUUCUGAGGAUGAUAAUGAUGAUGUUGGCGGAAAGAAAGAAGAAGAUCAUCAUAAUCAACUUAGAAUCCAAAUGCCAAUAGGAAUUGCUGCUCUUGAAAAGUACAAGAAUACAAAAUCAAAGUUCAAGUCAGCACUAACAAUUCUUACAAAGAAUCAUUCUCAAAAUCACCGUUCUAGAACACAUAUGGUGGGUACGCUUUUCGGCUAUCGUCGUGGACAUGUCCAUUUUGCGUUCCAAGAGGACUCAAAGUUAAGCCCUGCGUUUUUGAUUGAGCUAGCAACACCAACAAGUGUUUUGGUUAGGGAAAUGGCGUCUGGGGUGGUGAGGAUUGCAUUGGAAUGUGAGCAGAAAUCAGGAGGAGGAGGAAGAAAGGGUUUGAAGUUGCUUGCGGAACCCAUUUGGAGGACUUAUUGCAAUGGAAGGAAAUGUGGUUAUGGAUAUAGACAUGAAUGUGGGUCAGAGGAAUGGAGGAUAUUGAGAGCUGUGGAGCCUAUUACAAUGGGUGCUGGUGUGUUGCCAAUGCCAAGUAAUGAGAAUGGAGCUGAGUUUGAAGGUGAGAUAAUGUAUAUGAGAGCUAAGUAUGAGAGAGUUGUUGGCUCUAAGGACUCUCAAGCUUUCUACAUGUUGAGCCCUGCUGGUAGUGGGGGUCCUGAACUCAGCAUUUACUUGCUUAGAGUUUGACAUAGCCAAAGCGUAUGUCUUUUGCAUUCAUGUCUCUCUUCUCAUCUAUCUAUAGUGUUAUGUAGUUUUGAAUACUGUGUUCUUCAUUCAUGUCUUAACAAGAUGAGAGAACAUGAUUUUAAGUUGUGCUUGCCGUUUUACUUUUAUAUCACGGCAAAAUGCAUGCAAUUGUGUUAAAUAUAACAAGAUAAAUAUAUUUACAUGCAAAAUAUAAAUAUACAUAUACGUUUUUUUAGUGGCAAAAUACGUAUACUAUAAUAAAAUGUAAUAAAAGUGGAACAAAC